AUGGAUAGUAGUAUAACGACUACGUUUGGAAUGGAGGAUUUGGAUUCACAUAUUAUUUUACUUGAAAAUAACAUUGAUCAAAUAGAAUCGGAUAGUUGUAUGACGACUUCGAAUGAAAUGGAGUAUUCGGAUUCAUGUAUUAUUUCACCUGAAGAUAACACUGAUCAAGAAAAUUUGGAUAUUUUUAUGACGACUACAUAUGAAUUAAAUGAUUCGGAUACCAGUAUUAUUUCACCCAAAGAUAACAUUGAUCAAGGUAAAUUAGAUUGUUGUAUGGCAACUUUGAACGAAUUGGAGGAUUCCAAUAUCUGUAUUAUUUCACCUGAAAAUAACACUGAUCAAGGAAUAAGUGAUAAUAGUAUGACAACUUCAAAUGAAUUGAACAAUUUGGAUAUCCAUAUUGUUUCACCUGAAGAUAACAUUGAUCAAGGAAAAUUAAAUUGUUGUAUGGAAACUUUGAACGAAUUAGAGGAUUCCAAUAUCUGUAUUAUUUCACCUGAAAAUAACACUGAUCAAGGAAUAGGGGAUAAUUGUAAGACGAUUUCGGACGAAGUGGUAGAUUCGGAUACUUGUAUUAUUUCACCUAAAGAUAAUACUGAUCAAGGGAAAUGGGAUGUUUGUACGACGACUUCAAUAAAAUUGGAGGAUUCGGAUUCACAUAUUAUUUCUCCUGAAAAUAACACUGAUCAAGGAAUAGAGGAUGUUUGUAAGAUGACUUCGAAUGAAGUUGUGGAUUCGGAUUCAAAUAUUAUUUCCCCUGAAAAUAAAACUGAUCAAGAAAAUUGUGAUAGUUGUAUGACAACUUUGAGCAAAUUGGAGGAUUCAGAUUCCCGUAUUAUUUCUACUGAACAUAACACUGAUCAAGAUUUAAAAGAAAAUAUUGAUUCGUACAUUGAUAUCCACAGUAUUUGGGAAUGUAUGAAAAGAAUAAAUUCAAACUUGGACUUUUUAUCACAGAAAUUUAAUGAUGCACAAUCUGAUAAAGCACAAGUAAAAGCUCAACAACUACCAGUAUCAACAUCGGACAAUGUCGAUUUUCUUUUAAUGUUUCCCUUAAAAAAAAUAGAAGAUGUUAUUGAACUCGAAUUAAGACUCGUAGAUGAAAGUUCACAUUUCUAUAAAAAGUUUAUUUCAUUUAUCACACCUAAAAAUCUUGAUAAGCAGGGAUCAAAUUUGAAAAACUUUGUUAGAACAAUUUUGCGUACAUUGUUUACUUAUAGUUUAACAAGCAACUAUUCUUGGCAUGGAUUUCGAGGAAAUUUUCAAAUUGGAAAUUUAAAAGUCAUCAAAAUUAUUUUUGAUGUAUCAAAAACCAAAUACAAACAAGUUACAAAGCAAAAGGUUAAUUCGUACAUCAAGGAAUGGAUCAGAUAUGCCAAACAACGUCAUAAACAAUUAACAAAAAAUAACGAUUUCUAA